AUGAUAGCGGUUGAUGCUAAGCAGGAGCCUACUAGGAAGCUUGACGGACAGGGAGAUGCGGUCGAGGCGCAACUGCUCAACGACAUACUGUUUUCAACGUUGGGCUGCACAGCUGAAGGGGGAAAGGAAAACGAUCCGGACAUGACGGGCUACAAGGAUGCCGGGGGGUUCCGUGUGGGCGAUCUAGAGGAGCCUCGGGGCAUGGAGAGCGAGGAUGAGCUCUUCAAUGCGUUCAUCAACACGUGCGACUUUCCUAAGGAGCCCUCGGGGUCUCACUCAGGGUCACAGUCAGGGCCCAGCGGUGGGCCGAACACCCUCAACAAGCAUAACAUUAUGCUGGCCGAGAUGGCGCUCGAGGGCAGCACGCUGCGCCAGCCGCCCUUCGGGACACACAUGGCGCUCUCCAGCAGUGGGGAGGCGGACGCCUUGAGUGUUUCGCCGUCUGCGGGGACCAAAGACUGGUCAGCCUUGUCUGUUUCCGCAAAGGAGGUUGCGGGGCCAUCUUCGGAGUCGUACUAUCAGUACUGCGAGCGGCUCUUGAACCAGGCGCUCAGUUUUGGGCGCACGGAGCCGAUCAGGACGACAUACCUCAACCCGGCGGACUUCAUUGACGUUGAUCCGAGCGCAUUGCCGUACCGUUUGACCGUUUCGGAUAUACCGACCAGAUCGCGUGUUGAGACGCAAAUAAAGCUUGAUCUCUCGAUCUCCCCGCCUCCCAGACAGUUUCUCAUUCACCUGCCCAGCGACUGCAUAACGAAACAGAAGCUGUAUUUGAGCCAGGACGAACAUACGUAUCCGCCGGAGGUGCGCAGUGAACUGCUAUAUCUGGAGGCGUUUUUACUCUGCUCCUCCAACAAUCGCGCAACAUAUGUCUGCAGUCGCUGCGUGAAAAGAGAGCAGAGGCGGGCCGCAAGACGGAAGUCUGGUUUGAGUGAUAAUCUGAUCUGGUGUAACAAUGGAAAUAGGAGAGCUGUUGUCUUCAAUAGUAAGCAAGUGUUCUUACUCAAACAAAGCGAGAACUCUCUGACAUCAAAAUCAUUUUCACUUUCCACCAGAAUUGUCUGCUACUGCAGACACCACAAGGAGCCAGAGGGUUUCAAGAUGAUGUUCAUUCUGCGGGAUGCCUGUGGCAACGUAUUGGGGAAGGAUGUGACUACACCUAUUAUGAUCAUGGACAAGAAAUCAAACAAGAGGGGGGGAGAGCCAUUGAAGGAAGGUGCUGAAUCAACCUCAGCGACUGACCUGUCAUCUCUCAUGAAGACUGCUGGGGAGUGUAGCACGGAACCAACGAGUGACUUCAGUGGAGCAGACUCGCAGCCUUGUAGCGUGGGGCAGGGAAACAUUAACAUGCAGCUGAUGAAUCAUGCACCUAUACUGUCUCCAACCUCACUUCCUGAUGAUGGUGCCGAGGCUCACCAUAUUUUGGACCCCAAAGCCCAGCAACCAUCACAGCAACAGCAAUAUAUCCAGGGCUUACCAUUCUCGAGUUCAUCUGCCGCGGCUGCUCAGAGGACCAGCGGCUAUAAACGAAAGCGGACGUGGCAUGAAAGCCCCUUUCCCAUUUUGGAUGCUGGACCAAGGCCGUCACUUGGAACUGGGGACCGCAAGUAUUCCUACCCUAGCGCUUCGUCCGUCACCCCUCUUCAGAGUAUGCCAACCAUUCAGAAUUCGUUAGUUGUCCCUCACCAGACAGCACCAAAAAUCAACAAACCGUUCAUCCAUCGUGUGAUACCAAACCAAGGGCCAAUUAAAGGUGGUGUAGAGAUUACUUUGCUGGGAUCGAACUUCAAACCCGGUGACAUAGUAAAAUUCGGCGCUAACAGAGCCCUCUCCACUCAAUGUUGGAGCGACUCGACGAUUGUUACCUAUCUGCCUCCUGCACCUACUGCUGGUAAAGUUCUGGUCACUGUCACAAGCCAAGAUGAUGUAGAAGGCGAAUUACUAGCAUCGAUGCCGCAAAGUUCUGCCUUCUUCACUUACGUUGAUGACACUGACAGACAGCUAAUCGAAUUAGCGCUGCAAAUAGUCGGGCUAAAAAUGAACGGCAAGUUGGAGGAUGCGAGAAACAUUGCAAAGCGGAUUGUCGGUAAUGAUGGGAACUCUUCAGCUGGAUCUUCCCCUGGCAAUCUGUCUUCAAACGGACCAGCAAAUCAGUUUAGCAAUCAACUCUACUACUCUGACGAAGCCUUGCUGAUAAAGGUUAUUAAACUACUGACUCCGAGCUCCAACAUAUCCAUGUGUACGGAGGAGGGACAUACCUUGCUUCAUCUGGCCUGCCUAAAGGGUUACUACCAGCUAGUAUCCCUAUUGGUCAAGAAAGGCGCUCACGUUGAAGUAACUGACAGGUUCGGCUUUACCCCACUACAUUUUGCAUGCGUCAACGGCGAUACCAGGAUAACGCGCCUUCUAAUCCAGUGCAAAGCGCAAGUAAGCGCACUCGCAUUGAAUGGCGUGACUCCAUCUGAUGUCUUUACAACAAAUCAUCGUCGGGAUGACAGGAUGUACAAGCUCUAUUUCGAUGAGAUGAUGGACGUGCUGGAUGCAGCGGUCAACAGUUCAUACGCAGACGUUCAGCGGAAGAUGUCGGUGUCAAGUUUACAGUCAAGUGAAUUUGAAGAGGAGUUCGAUAUCCUAGAUAAUGGGUUUCGAGUCCAUGUAUCCAAAUUGGCUUAUGAUACAUGUUUGUCCGCUUCAGAACUGGAGUCAAGCAAUUACGAGGAGGAUGGCGACGAUAGCCUCCUGUUCAAUGACGAAGCCUCAGAACAUGCAGAUGCGUCUGUGGAAUCUGGGGAAGCCAAAAUCUACGAAAAUCAGAAACAAAGUAUGGACGGUCUCGUUCCCGAGGCAGAUGCUCAGCCAGAACCGCGCGCAGAGUCUCUGAGCCGCCAUAGGUCCGAAACUGAUGCCAGCAGCUCGACUCAGCAGGAGGGCUCCCUCUGGAAUAGGGUGUUUAGUGCGUUCAACGACAGCCCUCCCAAGUACGAGGACCUAUUCCCCUGCGGUAGCGACCCAAGUGCCACAGACUCGAAACUACGGACUCACAUUUCAUCCGAGGAAGACCCUAGCAGAGUGUCCGCCACACUGUCCAUGGAUGAAUCCCAGAUCUCAUCAGAGGAUGAAGAAGAAGCGUUGCAGGCGCGGUUCAACCGUUUCUUCCAACAACGCAAGAACUUCAGGAAUGAUAAAAUGCUACUGAUAUUCUGGAUUCCGUUAAUGAUCGUGCUCUUAUCGUGCUUCCUCAUCAACCGCUUCGGCCAAGAUGGCAACUCUGUCCAUCAUUUGUCGGAAAAGGCCUCGAUGUUUGUGAGGAUGGGCCUUGUUAAGCUCAUGCUCGGGAACGAGCGCAUGAAGACCAUUUUUAGGGAAUCCUUAAACAACUUCCAGAGUAGAAGAAUGCUUGGGGAUGUUGUAGCAAUCUGA